GAAAGCCGAAAAGAAUAUUUUUUAAGCUCUCAUCUAUACGAAGACUAAAAGGCUUUACAAUGGGUUCUCAGCAAGCUUUGAAAGCAUUCGAAGCAUAUCGUGACAUCCUCAAAGCAGUGAAAAAACACAUUGGAAAAGAAGAGUAUAAGAAGCAUUUUAGCGAGUAUAUAACAGAACAGUUCAGGAAGAGCAGUCAACUUUCAGAUCCUUCUUUGGUUGCCCAAAAGAUCAAGCUUGCAAAUGACUAUACUUAUUUACUUAACGGCUUGCAUCAUCACAAGGAAUUAUUGUUCUCUUACAACAUAGCGGUAGACAGGUCAGAUGAAAUGAAACGAGUGCUUGGAAAAUCAGCUGCGAGUGUUGGCCUUAAGCUUCCUGAGGUUUUUCAGGCUUGAUAAUUUUGGCUUCGCGACAUUCUAUAAAUAUCGGAGAUUCAGCUUGAGUAGAACAAAUUGAAAUCCCGGUUUUCU